AUGUUGCAGGUAAGGGACCAAGUAAAGAAUUAUGUUCCAUGGAAUCAUAUGAGACAGAGCCAGCAGUUUCAGAUGAAGAAAAUGUAUACUAGUUUGUUGGAUCAAUCUGAAGAUAUGGAUUGGAAAGGGCUGAUUAUGGGGAAUCAAGCUAGACCCCGAGCAAAGAUUAUCUUGUGGCUAGCCUGCCAUGGUAGACUUGCUACAAAAGAUAGAUUGGUUAGGUUUGGCAUGAUUAGUGAUACUAAAUGUGAAUUCUGUCUGGAAAAUGAAACUUUGCAGCAUAUGUUUUUUGAAUGCAGUGAAACUAGGAGCAUUUGGAAUGAGAUCAUGAGAUGGCUUCACAUUGAGAAUCAAGAGAAGGGAUGGAUGCAAGUGAAGAAUUGGUCGAUAAAACUGUACAAGAGUAGGAACUGGAGAAAGGAUUUCUAUAAGAUAGCUUUGGCUGAAUGUAUAUAUGCCAUAUGGAUGAAGAGAAAUAGAAGAGUGUAUAGGAAAGAUACUAUAGAUAGUGAUAUAGUUACUCCUAUUAUAGAGAAUAUUGUCAAUAGAGCUUGGGCUAGUCCAAAGCUUGGAUACCUACUGAUGUAA